AUGUCCAAGAAUUUGUCUCAACCUAUUAUUGGAAUCGACCAUGUAGGACCUCUACACAAGACAAAGAAGGGAAAUGAGCAUAUGAUAGUUGCUCAAGAUUAUUUCACUAAAUGGCCAAUCGCUCAGCCCACGCAAAUGACGAAUGCUGAAGAAGCAGUAGCUUUUGUGGAGAACCAUAUCAUCACAAUCUAUGGGGUCCCAGAACAGAUCAUUACAGACAAGGGAUCCACUUUCACAAGUGACUAUUGGAAGCGAGCAAUGAAGAAGUGGAGAAUUAACCAUACUCCCACUACAGCAGCAAACCCUCAAGCCAACGGCCAAGUGGAAAGAUUCAAUCAAACUCUAGUGAGGAUGCUAAAGAAGAAAUUAGGUGUCAAGAAGAACUGA